CGAUCAUGAACGUAUCACUGGAAUUCUUCACGUCGUCACUCGUCUAAUUGUUUACGUUGCGCUUUUCUCGUCAUGGCCAUGAGUUUUCUCUCAAGACCAAAGUGAAGAAUCACACCUUGUUCGGUCAUCGCGACUGCCUGUCUCUUCUCCCUUUGCCCUGACGUCACUCCCCGUUAGCGCGUUUAUCCCGACUUACAGCGCCCUUCGUUGAGCACCUUGACGACCACACGCAUCGUCAAAAACAACACCAUCACCAUCACGACAAGUCACAACCCCCAGAUAACCACCCAAUAUGGGUGUGAACGGCCUCUGGACCGUCCUCCAACCCUGUGCCCGCCCAACCAACCUCUCCACCCUCAACCGCAAGCGCCUCGCCAUCGACGCCUCCAUCUGGAUUUACCAAUUCCUCAAAGCCGUCCGCGACAAAGAAGGCAACGCCCUUCGCAACUCCCACGUCGUCGGCUUCUUCCGUCGAAUAUGCAAACUACUCUGGUACGGCAUCAAGCCCGUCUUCGUCUUCGACGGCGGCGCCCCCGCUCUCAAGCGCGCCACCAUCCAGGCUCGUCGCCGUAGACGGGAGGGAAGACGCGAUGAUGCUACGCGGACGGCAGGGAAGUUACUAGCGGUACAGAUGCAUCGUAUGGCAGAGGAGGAGGAGGAACGGAGGCGCAAAAGGGCAGAGGCGCGAGAAGGCAAGAGGACGGCAACAGCAGCAGCAGAAGAAGAGGAACAAGAACAACUCCCCGACAUGGACAAAAUCGUCUACGCCGACGAACUAGGCAUGUCCAAACAAGAGCGCCAAAAGUCCCGACGCUUCCACAAGCAAGACGCCUACCACCUGCCCGACCUCGACGGCGGCAUCGAAGCCAUGGGCAAGCCCGACGAUCCGCGCAUCAUGUCCGUCGAAGAGCUGGAAGAGUACGCUAGGCAGUUCGAAAACGGGGAGGAUAUCAACUUGUACGAUUUCAGCAAGAUCGACUUCGACGGGGAGUUCUUCAAGUCUCUGCCGCCGGCUGAUCGGUACAAUAUCUUGAACGCUGCUAGGUUGAGGAGCAGACUGAGAAUGGGAUUGAGUAAAGAGCAGUUGGACGUCAUGUUCCCUAACCGAAUGGAUUUCAGCCGGUUUCAGAUUGAGAGGGUCAAAGAGAGGAAUCAUCUGACCCAAAGACUGAUGUACGAGAUGGGCAUGACGGGCCUCGAUUUGACGCUGGCGGUAAAUGCGACAAGGGUGGCGGGCGAUCAGAACCGGGAGUAUAUCCUGGUGAGGAAUGAGGGUGCGGAAGGCGGGUAUGCGCUGGGAGUGGUGAGUAAGGAGAAGGAUAAAGGACAGAUGACUAAUCCGAUUGAUGUGGAUGAGUUGGAGUUUCAGUUUCAGGGCAUGGGAGAAGAGGAUUCUGAGGAGGAUGUGGAGUUUGAGGAUGUGCCCAUCGAAGGGCUGAAUCGGUUGCCUAAGCUGAGUGGGGCUGCUGAUGAGAGGGCGAGGGGUAUUGCGGAGGCGAGGAGGCAGUUCUAUGAGUCGAGGCAGAGUGAAGAGGCGGAGGACGAAGAUGACGAGGCGUUGUUUGUUGACAACGGACAAAAUGUCGUGUUUGGAGAGGAGGAGGCGAUGCAGGCUGAUGAGGAGGAAGACCUCAAUAAGGCUAUUGCAAUGUCCCUCCAGAACCAGCAUGGUGUUGGUCUACCUGAAGAGAAGGAGGAUGAAGAUAUGGAGUUCGAAGAGGUUACUCCUCCAGAGUGGACGCAGAAAGCAGUGGAAGCGCCGAAGCCCAUUGUUAGCACCAGUGGUCGUAUGGUUGCACACAUUGUCAACAACAGGGCGAGUGCCGCCGUCCCAAGGCAAAGGGAGAGUACCGACAGCAGCGAUAGUGAAGGGGAUAUCCAAGCAGCCAUGGCGGCGGCUAGGAGGAAGCAAGCAAAAGCUCCGGCGCCAAAGCCGGUGGUCGAAAACCGUCCUGCUCCUGCCAAUACUCCCUUUAAAGGUCCACUUCCAUUCGAGAAACUGAACUGGAAGCAACUGCUCGGUGGCAGUCGACCAAAAGCACAAACUCGGGAGAAAAAGGUGUCUGAACCGCCCAAGCCGGUUGAAACUGGUGAGAUGGAACCUGAUUCGGACGAUGAAGCUGGUGGAUUUGAAAGGGAGCACGAAGAAACCGAGGAAGAAGCCCAGAAAAAGAAGGAUGCUCCUCUUCCGCUACCUCCUUGGCUAGCGCAUACCGAUGAAGACAUUCGUGAGACUGUACGGAAGCAGCGAGAGAGUGAUAGGCAGAUGGCUGAGGAGGAUGAAGACUUGGCUCGAGAAGAGCAGGCCAAAAUCCGAAAGCAACGAGAGGACGAAAUCAUGGUCAUUGAGUCAUCCGAUGAAAGUGAUGGUGAUCUUGAGAUCCUCGAUGCUCCUCCAUCGCCCAAGAAGCCUACUCAGAUGCCGGGGGCUGCUUUGCCGUCCUUGGAUGACGAGGUCUCCCAAGAACCCGUCGAAACAGCUCGUCGAUCACCCUCCCCUAAUGAGGAAGAAGGCGACGACAUUGUGUUCGAAGACGUAACCCUUCCAUCUCAGACCAUGACCCUAUCCUUCGGCCCACUCGCAACUCAAGCCGAAGAAGACGCCCAAAUCGAAGCCGACCUCUUCAAAGACGUCCUUCCUCCGUCUGUCCAACAAGAACGCAUUGAAGGCCUAGCCCCUGAUCCAGACGACACCACCACUGAUAUCGUCCCCGACCCCGACGCCCCCGCCCUCUCCGAAUUCGAAGACGACUUCAGCGACCCCGAAGAACAAGAACUCCUCGCCUCCCUCGCCCAAGAAGCCGAAGAACACGCCCGCUUCGCCACCCAACUCAACCACAAAACCUUCCAAGAAAACCAACAAGCCUACGAACAAGAACUCAAAGCCCUGCGCACCCAACAACGCAAAGACCGCCGCGACGCCGACGAAGUCACCCAGAUCAUGAUAACCGAAUGCCAAGCCCUCCUCCGCUUCUUCGGCAUCCCCUACAUCACCGCACCCAUGGAAGCCGAAGCGCAAUGCGCCGAGCUGGUCCGCUUGGGACUCGUAGACGGCAUCGUAACCGACGACUCCGACACUUUUCUGUUUGGCGGCACGCGCGUCUACAAGAACAUGUUCAACGGGAACAAGUUCGUCGAGUGCUAUUUGUCUUCCGACAUCGAGCGCGACCUUUCUUUGUCUCGUGACCAACUCAUCGCUUUGGCCCAGUUGCUGGGGUCGGAUUACACCGAAGGUCUACCGGGCGUCGGACCCGUCACGGCCGUCGAAAUUCUUUCCGAAUUCCCCCCCGACCCAUCCCCUAUCUCCAGCCUCACGGGGUUUAAAAACUGGUGGACGGCAAUUCAAUCAACCCCCUCCCCCGACUCUUCCCUCCUCCCCACCCCCUUCCGGCGCAAGUUUCGCAAAGCCCAAGCCACGAAAUUGUUUCUACCAGUGGGCUUCCCCAACCCAGCCGUCUUCGACGCCUACAUCCAUCCAGAAGUCGAUUCCACACCGGAACCCUUCCAGUGGGGCGUCCCGGAUCUGGAAGGGCUCAGACAAUUUCUGAUGCAGACGAUUGGUUGGUCCCAAGAACGAACGGAUGAGGUGUUGGUGCCGGUUAUAAGGGAUGUGAAUAAGAGGGAGAGGGAGGGGACGCAGAGUAAUAUUACGAGGUUUUUUGAGGGCGGGGUGGGGAGUGGGACUGUGAGGAAUCUUGGAGGAGGGGGUGGGGGUGCUGGUGGGGGAAAUAGGGGAGGCGAGGAGGCGUUUGCGCCGAGAAGAAAUGAGGUGAAGGGAAGUAAGAGGAUGGCGGAGGCGGUGGGGAGGUUGAAGGCUAGGAGUAGGGUUGGUGGGGGGUUGAGUUUGGCGUUGCCGGUGAUGGCGUUGGGGCCGUUGAAUGGAGAGGGGGAAGGGGAGGGUGGGAAGAAGAGGAAGAGAGGAAAGGGGAAGGGGAAGAAGGCUGCUGUGGAGGAACAAGAGGAUGCGGAUGGCGAGAAGGACGAUGGGGAUGAUGGCCGGGUUGAAGGGCAAGAGGAAGAUGAGGAUGGAGAGGAUGAUGUUGUUGCUUCGAGCUCGAAGGGAAAAAGGGGGGCGACUAGAGGAAGGGGAAGGGGGAGGGGGAAGAGGGCGAGGGCGUAG